AUGGGCUUCGCAGAUCUGCUGGAGGAGGUGGGGGGCUUCGGCCGGUACCAGUGGAUCCAUGUGACCCUCAUCAGUCUGCCAGGGUUAUUCAUGGCCAGUCAGAACCUCAUCAACAACUUUGUGUCCGGUGUCCCAGAGCACCACUGCAGCCUGCCCCUCAACUCCAGCCUGGGCAACUCCUCACAGUUGUUCCCUGAGAGCUGGUUGAAGGCCUUCAUCCCCCCAGACACCUCUGGGCUCCGACUGGACCGCUGCAGGAGAUAUGUGUCCCCACAGUGGCACCUGCUCUCGGCCAACUCGUCCCUGAACUCCAGCGGUCUGCAGACGGAGGGCUGUGAGGAGGGCUGGACUUACGAGCGCACAGAGUUCAUCGCCACCACUGUGUCCGAGUUCGGCCUGGUGUGCUCCUGGAAGCCUCUGAAGCAGAUGAUCCAGACCAUCUACAUGGGAGGUGUCCUCACAGGAGCCAUCGUCUUCGGAGGACUCUCAGACAAAUUUGGCCGGCGGUCAAUCCUCAUAUGGUCGUACCUUCAGCUGGCUGUGUUGGGCUGCACCUCGGCCUUGUCCCCGACCUACUCCACAUACUGCAUGUUCCGCUUCCUCAGUGGGAUGGCUGUGUCUGGGAUCAUCCUCAACGGAGUGUCCCUGAAGGUGGAGUGGAUCCCUACGAAGCAGCGCACCGUUGUGGGAACCUUGUCGUCCUUCACCUUCACCUUCGGGCAGCUGGUCCUGGUGGGGCUGGCCUACUGGCUCAGGGACUGGAGGAAGCUGCAGGUGGCCGUCUGCCUGCCUCACUUCCUCUUCUUUGCCUACAGCUGGUGGUACAGUGAGUCGGCUCGAUGGCUCAUGCUUUCCAACCGCUCUGAAGACGCUCUGAAGAUCCUGCAGCGUGUGGCCAGGGUCAACGGCAAGAAGGAGGUCGCCGACAAUCUCACCGUGGAGGUCCUGGAGAAGCACAUGAAGAAGGAGAUCGAGGCGAGGAAGUCCACGUACACAGCUGUGGACCUGGUCCGGACCAGAGUUGUCCGCCGCAUCUCUAUGUGUCUGGUGGUCGUCUGGUUCGCCACCUCCUUUGCCUACUACGGCAUCGCCAUGAACCUGCAGAAGUUUGGGGUCAGCAUCUACCUGAUCCAGGUGAUCUUUGGGGCUGUGGACAUCCCGGCCAAGCUGCUGGCCCUGGCCAGUCUCAGUGUUCUGGGGAGAAGGAUUACCCAGGCCUCCUGUCUGUUCCUGUCUGCAACCGUCAUCUUCAUCAACAUCCUGGUUCCCACAGAGAUGCAGACGUUGAGGACGACUCUGGCCUGUUUGGGGAAAGGCUUCACCUCAGCCUCCUUCACCACAGUCUAUCUGUACACAGGAGAGCUGUACCCCACUGUCAUCAGGCAGACAGGGAUGGGGCUGGUGUCCACUAUGGCCCGUGUGGGCAGUAUGGCCGCUCCAGCUGUGCUCAUCCUGGACGAGGUCUUCCCAUCCCUGCCCAGCCUGGUCUAUGGAGGGGCCGCAAUCAUAGCCAGUGCAUUCGCCUGUUUUCUCCCGGAGACGCUGAAUAUGCAUCUGCCAGAGACCAUCGAGGACGUGGAGGACAAGUGGUCUGGCAGAAGCCCCGCCCACAAAGAUGGCGAACAGAAUGACAUCAAACAGGAAGUGGGCGUAGCUAAGGAGCUGCUACCUUUAAAGGAGAUGAAGGAAGUGGACAGGGCGGGACUUAACGCCCUCUGA